AAUGGGGAACAGUGUAUCUACUACAACAGAUUUAUCUAAUGUUGCUACUGCUAACCAAAUACAGGAAACUAUCACGGACAAUUGUGUAGUGAUCUUCUCAAAAACAACCUGUUCCUAUUGCAACAUGGCAAAGAUGUUGUUUCGGGAUAUGAACGUGAACUACAAAUCCGUAGAGCUAGACACAUAUGAAAACGGAAAUCAAUUUCAAGAUGUUCUUCACCGAAUGACUGGUGGCAGGACAGUUCCCCGAAUAUUUAUCAAUGGAACCUUCGUUGGAGGGGCCACAGAUACUCAGAGACUCCACCGGGAGGGCAAGCUUCUUCCUUUAGUGCACCAAUGUCAAAUUCAAAGAUCAGGAAGCUCAGAACAACCAUGUACCUUUCCUUAA